CCGCGAGGUUCCAGAUCGUCUUGGACUUCCAAUCCUUGGACCCUCAAAUUCCGUUCCACAUCCAUCACACACAGUGACCUUGGAGAAGCCGGAGAAGGGGCUCUGAGCCACCUUGACUGUCAGCUGUCUCCCCGUCCUUUGCCCCAAAACCAAACAAUAGCCUACUGUGUGGUAGACGCCGCCGGUCGCGUAUCACUGCACAGAAAGGAAUCCCAACCGCAGUCGACUACCUAGGUCAUUUCUCCACGCGUGUUCCGCCUCUUCCCCGCCUGUCCGCCCACGCACAACCCGCCUUGCCCUCCGACUCCUCCGGGCAGCGCCCAGACCAUCUCAAUGCCCCCCUCUCCAAACCAAUUGCUUCACGAUGGCCACCAUCGAGCCAUGGCUCACGAACCUCCUCAACACGCCCAAGAGUCCUGAUCUUCCGCCGAUACAACCCGUGUCCCUUAGCGCCGCCUCAAGCCAGCCGAUCUCUCUCCCCCCACUCGGCCCCGAAUUCGCUAGCAGCCACAGAGUAGAGAGGUCUACGCCGACACAAAUAACCCCGCUCUCCACCGUCGAUGACGCCCACCAUGUCAAGCCGCUCAAUUUGCACACUGCAUCGAUACGGCCCCUUCAGCUCCUGCUCCGCGAGUCCGAACUCACUGCCCCGACCACGACGUUAAGGAAGCCUGCCGAUGAUGGGCCGGGUAGCCCAGAAGACGUAUCCACGAAAAAGCGGCACAGGGCGCUCACCACAAAAGAGGAUCUAGUUCAACUGCCCAAGUUACCAAAGAAGCAAAAGUCCGCCCAGCAGGUUGUUCCUCCGAUUAUCGCUGGUCUCCACGAGCCCCCGCCCGACGCCGCUGUCUUCCCGCCCAUCACAUCGGCUUCUUUCGACGAAAACGAGAAUUUCAGUCUUGGACCAUGGAAGGAUGCUGGCAGCGCCCACGAUGACCGCCCAGUCCUAUUCUCCGCUGCUGAUGCCGAGUCGAGCAAUAACCCCAAACCUAAGAGGCGCCCUAUGAAGCCGAGAAGAAAGUGGACCGAGGAGGAAACCAAUAACCUUUUGCUGGGGGUGAGCCGUCACGGGGUGGGGAGAUGGACUACAAUCUUAGAGGACCCGGGUUUCCAGUUCAACGGCCGGACCGCCGGCGAUCUGAAGGAUCGCUUUAGGACAUGCUGCCCCGAGGAGCUGCGGCUGACCGCAGGCGAGGAGCAAGCCGCGAGCGGGGAGCCUGAACCAAUGGCUGCUGCUGAAGAGAGCGCAAAACCCAAGAUCGGGAUACAGCUAGAAGACAUCCUCCAGCCAGCCGGGGACGAGGGAGCGGAGAAGGAUGGUGCCUCGCCAUCCGCUGCACCGGACUCUGAUGCGGCACCCAAGAAGAGGAAGCCCCGGGCACACCGCAAGAAGCUGGAGGACCUGGCUGAGCUGGGUAUUCAUGGCCCGUUUGAGAAGUCGCACCGCCGGAAGCGCCGGCCUUUCACGAAGCAGGAUGACGAUGAGAUCCUGGACGGACUCAACCAGUACGGCCCCUCCUGGACCAGAAUCCAGCGCGAUCCUAAAUACAACCUCUCGAGCCGGCAGCCGACGGACUUGCGUGACCGGGUCCGGAACAAAUACCCUGAUAUUUACGCAAACAUCGAAAAGACCAACCCUCCCAAGGAAGCGUCACGCGGCAAGACCAACACUCUGGAGCCGUCCGUCACGCUGGCCACAGACAACCCGCGGAGCACUUCUGCCCUCCCGUCAUUCGAGCCCUCGCUGAACCGAUCGGGUUCAAAGGAAGAUAUGUUGCGCCGGACCGCGACGCCCUCCGCCUACGAGUCGACCGAGUCCCUACCUGCCCUCGCCGACAUCUUCGACAUGGCCGAGCCUCACGCGUCGUCCUUCCUCGGGGGUGCGCCCGAGAUGGACCUGAGCCAUCUGCUCGACGAUUCUAACUCGGGGAACGAGCGCCGCCUUGGCAACGGGAGGUAAGGCGUCAAGGUGAUAUUCCUGGCGAACUCGGUUUCCUCAAGCCAUUCGUUGUGCCGAGCCCUUGGAAUGAUCCUCGGCAACUCUCUUGGGACACCCAGGGCUCCGGUGUGUGUCUCCUAUAUAUUUACCAAAAGCGUUCCUGGGAGGAUUUGUGUGUGUUUUACGGUUGCCUGCCACUAUGGCAGUGGAUGCUUUUUUGUGCCUUGUUUCUUGCGGCGCGUGCAAAUAUCGGACACGCCAUCUCGCCGCAGACUGUUUGCGAGAACGAUAACCGGCGUUUGGUUUCGGGAUCUGCGGGAUUACAUGUUAGAUAACUUAGGGAGCAAUCUCUACGACGGACGAGAAUCACUUCUCACCAGGGUUGAUAGUGGUGUUGGCUGAUUUAAUAAUAACUAUUUCAUUCCUCAG